CGGAGGGGAAAGGGUCGUCAGACACGGUGACAGCGGGUAUCAACACAAGUUUUCCCAGGGGUACGUGACACCCUAUCGCGUCAGCUGGCUAAUAUAAACACGCGCUCUGCCCUGUACCACAACACACGCCCCUGUUUCUUGGCCCUUCAGCUGUGUACUCCCUCCUCAGCAAGCAUGACGACCAAGUGGGUGCUGGUGGUGGCGGCGCUGGCGUGUAUCGGCGUUGCGGGCGUGCGGGCGGAGUGUCCCUCAUCCUCGGCAAUCUCCCCAUGCACAUGCCGCGAGGAGAUGCCGGGCAGGACCAUGGAAUGCAGCUCCGUGACAAACUCUGGCCAGCUGCUGAAUGCCUUUUCGACGGACAUGCCGGACUCCGAGUUCCAGUUCUUCCAGAUCGUGAAACUAGAGGGCCGCUGCACCCUCGAGAAGAUCCCCGCCAACGUCUUCGGCACCACCACCUUCAUGUUCGUGUGGUUCGGCCAGACGGACAUCGAGAGCGUCGACGCCGCGGCAUUUACGGGUAACGAGGGCGCCAUACUGGAGCUGACCAUCGCCGACGCUAACAAGCUCACCGCGUAUCCUUUCGAGUCGGUGGGCAGCCUAACGUCUAUCUACAAGUUGGAGAUCACUUACACCCUCAUCGACACCCUCACGCACGUCGGCCCCGCUCCCAACUUGACACAGGUGACCGUGUCUAACGGGCAGGUGAGCACGAUAGAGUCAGGCGCCGUGGCCGAUCUGCCCCGCCUCUCCCGCCUCGACCUGCACGACAACCCCCUCACCGCCCUCCCCGACGGCAGCCUCUCAGCCUCCACCUCCGAGCCGUGGGUGGUGUACCUGGACGGCUGCCAAAUCAGCGACAUCAGCCCCGGUGCCUUCUCCGGGAGUCUGCCCGCCGGAGUGUUCCUCAACGGCAACCAGAUGACGGACAUCCCCGAGGCCACCUUCCGACCCCUGCUGGAGAACCUACAGACCCAAGACGCCGCCGGGGCUCUCACACACUACAUCGACCUGAGCAACAACCCGCUGGAGUGUGGAUGUGGCGUGCAGUGGAUAACGCAGGACCCCGCUCUGCAGCCCUACCUAAAGAACGCUGUCUGCACGAACGGUGACGUGAACGGCGUGAACGUGGCGGACCUCCCUGAUGACUUCUUCGCCUCGUGUUAAGUUAGAGAGUUACUGAAGACUGAGGAUGAGUGUAGAGGAGUGGAGUGAGAUUGUCAAUAACGAGAAUGUGGAGAGGUAGAAGAAAGAGAGAGGGAAUAGAUCAGCAUAGUAAUAAAAGAGAAUGUUGAAAAGUACAAAAAUAGAUGGAGUAAAUCGUUUGUUUUCAUUGCAUCUAAAAGGUUAUUGAUACGAGAGAAAGAGUAGAGUGAGACUGUAAAUAAGGAGAAUGUUGAAAGGUAGAAAAAAAUAGAGUAGAUCAAUUGUUUUCAUUGCAUUUAAAAGGUUGUGGAUUAGCGUGGAAGGAUGGACUGAUUUUAUAUUAGCAAAUAAAGGAGGAUAUGAAGAGCUAUAGAAGCGUAAGAAAGAGUGGAUAAAUUGUUUUCAUUACUUUUAGAAGGUUGUUGAGACGUGUGGAAGGACAGACUGGUUUAAUGAUAGUAAUAAAGAUUAACGUUAAGAGAAACAGAAGAGUAAACUGGAGUAUAUUAGACGUUUUAAAUACCUCUCAAGGCCAAAUAUUGUAACUGCUAAAGGAUAUAUUAAAGUUUUGUACUGAGAAAUCCAUCAAUCCAUCAAUAAAAUAAUGAUUCGGGA